AUGAAGAAAUUGCAGCAGUCAUGGAGGCAGCACAGGGGGUUGAAGUGGAAGCUCGAAAUAUGUUUGUUAUUGUCGUUUCUCCUUUUCCUUUUUUUCCUUGUGUCCAGCUGUUCCUCUGUGUUGUGAGUUGGGCAGGUGCCUAGCCCAUGACAACGAUCAAAAAAAAAAAAAAAUCAGUGCCGCCUAACUGCCAUUCAAACCUUACGAGUAACUACCAUUCUUCUUCUUCUUCUGACUAAAACUAACUGAGUCGGAAGCAGAAGAACCACAAUGCACUCUCCCUUUCUCACUGCAACGCAUCCGCCAUGCUCAAAGGCAAGCUCAAGCUUCCACGUCCACUUCCAAUUCCCGACCAGCUUGGCAGCUUGAUUGCUGGAGGAUCAGAAUCCGAAGAGUUCGAGUUUGGCGAAGAGCUGGAACCGAUUCAUCCAGCCGCAUUACGGUUGCACAGAGAGAGUGAUGAUGCUGAGGAAGCUAUAGAUAACGAUGAUGAAGGUGGUGGUGGUGGUAAUGGCAUGGACCAUAAAACCCGGCAGAGGCUGAGUAAGGACACCAUUAAUCGGGUUUCGGUUUUGAAGUCCACUUCAGAGGAAGAGAAAAGAUCUGAUUUAGAACAUGAGCUUUCUCAAAGGGAGAUUAAUUUGGAGAAGUUGCAAAGAAUUGCUAGCACUGGUAUUCCUGAUGGAGGAGGUUUGCGUGCAACAGCGUGGAAGCUUCUCUUGGGUUACUUACCUUCAUCUCAGGACCUGUGGGAGAAGGAAUUGAAAGAGAAUAUACAAAAGUAUUCUAAUCUGAAAGAGGAACUUCUCCUGAAUCCAUCAGAACAUAUCUGGAGGGAAGGCAAAGAAUUAAGUUCCACGAACCAGCACAAGGAAGGUGACAGUGAUGGCCUGUUACGGCGACAUGAAAUUUCUCAGGAAGAUCACCCUUUGAGCCUGGGCAAGGCUAGUCUUUGGAGUCGGUAUUUUAAGUACACAGAGACAAUAGAACAGAUUAAUAGAGAUCUGCAGAGGACACAUCCAGAUAUACCAUUCUUUUCGGGGGAGUCAUCAUUUAGUCUUAAAAAUAGGGAAGCAAUGAAGAAUAUCCUUCUCCUGUUUGCAAAACUAAAUCCUGUAAUUUGUUAUGUGCAAGGCAUGAACGAAGUCUUGGCACCAAUAUACUAUGUAUUUACUAUUGACACUCACAAGCAAAAUGCUGUGAGUGCAGAAGCAGAUUGUUUUUUUUGUUUUGUUCGAGUCUUAGGGGACUCAGUGGAUCAUUUCUGUCAGCAAUUGGAUAAUAGUUCAAGUGGCAUCCUUUCUACUCUUUCUCGUUUGUCAGAUUUACUGAAAGUAAAUGAUGAGCAAUUGUGGCAUCAUCUUGAGUUUACAACAAAGGUUAAACCACAAUUCUAUGCAUUCCGAUGGAUUACACUGCUACUCACACAAGAGUUCAAAUUUGAGUCUAUCCUGAGAAUAUGGGAUACACUUCUGAGUAAUCCUUUUGGUGUUCAGGAUAUGCUUCUUCGUGUCUGUUGUGCAAUGCUACUUUGCGUGAAAAGCAAACUCUUGGGUGGGGAUUUUGUGGCUAAUUUGAAGCUUUUACAACACUAUCCUGAGGAUAUCAACUUAGAAUACCUUCUCCAGGUAGCCCAGGACAUUAGUCCUGACACUUCUUCUUAUUGCUUAUCCCUUUGAUAGAUUUAUACAUAUCCAACUCCUUUUUGUAUAAUUGCAUUAUCAUGUUUUGUAAACUCAAUGUUAGUUGAAUACCUAAUAGAGGAAGAAAAUUUCUGUCAUAAAUAUCAAUAUAAGAAUUCUUAAGCAAAAAGCAUCAUGAACUUGAGUGGUGAGAUUUAUUUUUCUAUAAGUGACAAAAGUGCAAAGUAAUAGUUUGUAUAUAAGCGUAUCUAAAUAUUGAUUUCAAGUAAAUUUUACAAGAUAUAUGUUAUUAAAAUUAAUUAAGUACAACAAAAUUAGACAUUUGUGAAAGUGAUAGUAAUUUUCUUUCAUGAAACAUUUCAAAUUCAGCCGAUUUCUUAUAGGAUUUUGCUACUAUAUAGUUUUUCUUACCCCAGAAACUAAUGAAAUCACUGAUUUUUGGUACUCUAUAACUUUAAUGAAUAAUUAAAGUAUGCUUAGUUUGCAUUUAUAUAAUUUAUUUUUAUUUUCAGUAUUUUAUAUUAUUAUUGUUAUUGCAAUACAAAUUUUAUAGAUAACAUUUGCUCCGAAAAUUAUCUAAAACGAAUGAUUCGGGCCUGAACGUGAGAUUAAGACUCUUUUUGCUGUUGUGUCUGAUGUCUUCCUUGGAGUAGUGAAGUCGUCUAACGUCUUUAAGUGAGGAUGGGGAGAUGGUACUUGAAAGGAACUCUAAUGCCUAUGUCUGUAAAGGUUUAAUGUAAGCUUUGAGUUAUGAGUUGAGAAAUACCUCAGCCUGAGGGGUAUUUAUAGUUGGAAUGGUGGCUUAGUGUUCACUCUUGUAAUCUCAACUUUUUUU